AUGCAUCAACCACUUUGCCAUGACAGUGAGGGCUCUGCCUUACUUCAGUUCAAGCAAAGCUUUUUGAUUGAUGAGCAUGCGUCUGGUGAUCCUUCUGCUUAUCCAAAAGUUGCAAUGUGGAAAUCCCAUGGAGAAGGAGAAAGACAAGGAAGUGAUUGCUGCUCUUGGGAUGGUGUUGAGUGUGACAGGAAGACUGGUCAUGUGAUCGGCCUUCACCUUGCUAGCAGUUGUCUCUAUGGUUCUAUCAACUCCAGCAGCACCCUCUUCAGUCUUGUUCAUCUCCAGAGGCUUGACCUCUCUGAUAAUGAUUUCAAUUACUCUGAGAUCCCAUUUGGUGUUGGCCAGCUUUCAAGGCUUAGGAGUCUCGAUCUUUCUUUUUCUGGAUUCUCUGGCCAAAUCCCAUCGGAACUCUUAGCACUGUCCAAAUUGCUUUUCCUUGAUCUCUCGGCAAACCCAAUGUUGCAGCUCCAAAAGCCUGGCUUGAGAAAUCUGGUUCAAAACUUAACCCACUUAAAGAAGCUUCAUCUAAGUCAGAACCAACAUGAAUUGGAGAUUCUCACCCUUUCUGAAAACAAAAUUCAUGGUCCAAUUCCAAAGUGGGUGUGGAACAUAAGCAAAGAAACCCUAGUGACUCUGGACCUUUCUGGAAACUUUUUAACAGGCUUUGACCAAUGUCCAUUUGUGCUUCCAUGGUCCAGGUUACACACUUUACGACUUGAUUCUAACAUGCUGCAAGGUCCACUUCCAGUUCCACCACCAUCAACCGUUGAAUAUUUAGUCUCUGGAAAUAAUCUGACGGGAGAAAUUUCGCCACUUAUUUGCAACAUGACUUCUCUUAAGUUACUUGAUUUGUCUAGUAACAAUUUGAGUGGCAGGAUUCCUCAAUGUCUGGCCAACUUCAGCAGAUCUCUGCUUGUAUUGGACCUGGGAAACAACAGCCUUGAUGGCCCUAUUCCUGAAACAUGCAUGGUGUCAGAUAAUUUGAAUGUGAUUGAUUUAGGUGACAAUCAAUUCCAAGGCCAAAUACCGAGAUCAUUGGUCAAUUGCACGAGGCUCGAGCACCUUGUUCUCGGAAACAAUAAAAUCAAUGAUAUUUUCCCUUUCUGGUUAGGAGCUCUCCCACAACUACAGGUUCUUAUUUUGAGAUCCAACAGAUUCCAUGGUGCAAUAGGAAGCUGGCAUGGUAAUUUCAGGUUUCCCAAGUUGCGCAUCAUCGGCCUCUCUGACAAUGAGUUUAUAGGUGAUUUUCCAUCAGAGUAUUUCCAAAACUGGGAUGCCAUGAAGCUUACAGAUAUUGCAAGCGGCCUUAGGUACAUGCAGAUAAGCCCAAUCAUGGACUUGCAAAAUGAUGAGUGGAUUACCGGUUACAUGUACUCGAUGACAAUGACAAACAAAGGCAUGCAGAGGUUUUAUGAGAGGAUCCCUGAUACUUUCAUGGCAAUUGAUUUCUCAGGCAACAAUUUCAAAGGACAAAUUCCAACCUCCAUUGGGAGCCUCAAGGGACUUCAUUUGCUCAACCUUGGAGGUAACGAUCUUACUGGCCAUAUCCCAUCCUCCCUGGGGAACCUAACACAGCUGGAGUCAUUGGAUCUUUCCCAGAACAAGCUCUCUGGAGAGAUCCCUUGGCAAUUAACAAGGCUAACAUUCCUUGAGUUCUUCAAUGUGUCUCAUAAUCAUCUUACAGGGCAUAUACCACAAGGAAAACAAUUUGCAACAUUUGAAAAUGCUUCAUUUGAUGGGAACCUAGGAUUGUGUGGAAGUCCUUUGUCAAGGGAAUGUGGAAGUUCUAGGGCAUUACCACCAACAUCUUCAUCCUCUAAACAAGGUUCAACUAGUAAAUUUGAUUGGAAAAUUGUAUUAAUGGGAUAUGGAAGUGGGCUAGUAAUUGGAGUUUCAAUUGGGUAUUGCUUGACCUCAUGGAAACAUGAGUGGUUCGUGAAAACCCUUGGAAAGCAGCAAAGAAAAUGGACAAGGAAAGAAGGAAGGGGGCAGAGAGGCUGA